CUCCGCUGCUUCGCUGCUUCUCUCGUUCCAUGCGUUUGUUUUGGCUUGUGCGUCGAGCUGGCUGGCUGGCCGUGCGACGGCCUGCAGUGGAGUGUGCGAAGCGUGACCGAACGGAUUUGCGCGGCGCUCGUGACACUGUGCCCGUCGACAGCUGUGUCUUUUACCAUGUUAAGACCGCGCGCCUGACGACAACCGAGGAGCGUCGUUUGAGGCAACGGGGUCGAACAACAUCGUGGUUUGAGCGCGUUUCGGAUCAUUUGUCGGAGUUUCGAAAACUCGCUGCAUUCGUCUCAUCGGCCAGCACAACGUUAGCGAGCCAACGCGAUGUCAACGCAUCCCGUAGCGGGAGCGGUACUGUGUCGGGGUUCCGGUGACAACCGGUGACAGCGCGCUGAUAUCCCCGCUCCGGUGUGUGUGCUGUGUGUGUGUGUUUUGCGUGUCGUCGUCUAUCAGCAGGACACACGACGACGAGACCUGGAGACGCCGGGCCAGGAAAGGGAUAGAAGUCUAUACGUCGGUAAAGCUGGGAAUGGCUUCUGUUCUUACUUUCUGACCAACAUGUGGAAAAUUCAUUAUGUUACUGACGUAACUAAACAUGGACAUCUCAACAGUGCUUGCAGCGUUGUGGGGUGUCCUGAUGCUCCUGCAAGAACCCUGUCAAGGUGUGCCCCAAGGGGGCCACGCCCCGCCUCCCGUGGUGUUCGUGCCAAGCUCCUUGCCUCCUUGGGGAGCAGGCACUGGCAGCCACCAACAGGCACCCACAUACGAGUCCCCGCACACUUCCCCCAUCUUUGUGAGGGCUGAGCCCAUUCCCUUGAGUGAGCCCCAGGGCACGAACUGGCGGCCCAUGCACAACCCAGCCAGCUGGCUAUCCCAGCCUCACCCAGACAACUCGCCCAUCAGCACGGGUCCUUCAUCGUACGUCUUUCGUGGAAACAGCCCACCUUCUCCUCCCAUCACUGCCCCUCCCUCAUUCCCGCAAGUGCCACAAAGCCCCACUACGCAUCCAGACUGGAGAACCUUCGUACCAUCCCUACCACAGCACACCGUUCCACAGCAGACAAAUACGCCAGCUCAGCUAUCCAACGAGAUUCCACCUGUGAGACCGAUUCUACCUGCGACGAGUGGUGAGAACACUGUGCAGCACCCUGUCUCCGCAACCGAUCCAGUGACUGAGAGCCUUCCAGACACUACCCAGGCUACGGCUGCUACAGAUGCGACGGAGUCCUUCUCCAUUAACGCCGUGUCUGAUGGGCAUGACAGCGUGCAUCCGCAGAGUAAUGCAACGCCCAGUUCUACGUCGAGUGACUCCAGCCCGUUUCGUGUUUCUGGUGGUGUGAUAGACCAAAACGGUGUGCACCAAGAAAGUGUUGUAACUGUGGAGGCUAAAGCGGGUGGUAGUGUGACUGCCACGCCCAUUGAGACAUCGACUGCGACCACCACAGUUGACAAGGACUCGCCGAACAUUGAGUCUCCAGACUACCCUUUAGCCGGAGGUGCAGUGGCUGGAAUAGUGAUCGGUUCCAUUGCAUCGGUAGCACUUCUUGCAGGUCUAAUAACAUAUAUCGUCUUACGGAGGCCUUUCCUGAAGCUGCUGAAUGGCCAGGACAAGUCUUCGACGGAUAACGUCGCCUACAUCGAUGACUCGGUGCGCAGUAGCUACAUGAACACCCAUAUUGAGCUUCCCAAGGAAAGCUCGGAAGAAAUGACUUCUCUGGACAACGACUCGUUUCUCAACAGCCUGGAAGCAGUGACCAUACAAAACUACUGGGCCGACACCAGCAAAAACACGAAUGUGUGAAGGACCAAGCGAGCGGACAAAGGGCCUUGCCUCUAUUGCUGUGCAUUCCUUUAACAUGUGAAUACUAGG